CAAAUCGUACAGAGACAUGCGAUUGGACAAGUUGCUUCUAUUGUGUUUGGUAACAAUGUAUGGCUGGGGCCAAUGUACGUCUGGAGGGAGCUUCGAUAGAGGAUGGGACAAGAUGGAGCUAAAAAGAGUGGAUUUGGCUAAUGAAGAAUACACUAUGGACAUGCAUUACUUGUUCGAUAGACUGCAGGCUACUGGAAAGUGGGACGAGUUCGCGAAGUUGAAUGACAAACUUAAUUAUGAAGAAAAUGCUCGAAUAAUGGGGAAAUUUUCGAGGGAUUUACUCAAUGAAUUAAAAGCAAGCAAACUAGCUCAACAGGAAAAACAAGUACCUUCUGGCAAGCCUAGCCCUGGUAUGUUUGGCUACUGGGCUGAGACAGAUAAAGGAACGCGAAAUCAGCGACCUGGAGCUAACCCACAAUAUCCACAAUUUUCACCCGGAAAUUUUCCAAGUGCAAACUAUGCUCCUGGAAAUUUCCCACAUCCAAACUUCUCCCCGGGAAAUUUCCCAUCAUUAAAUCGUAGGCCGCCAUACGGCCAAAGCCAGCCGAAUCCUGGCAUUCCUCCGAGAAACACCUUGGACUCCACUUUGAAGAAAUAUGCUGCCUUAGAUGAAUUUGAUAAGAAAAUGUCACCGCUUUAUAAAACACAACGGGACUUCAUGAACCUACCUGAUGAUCUGCCUUACGAAAACCAUCCACCAGCAGUUAUGUUUGUAAGUUUGUUGUUUAGAUAA